UUGAUAUAUGCUUACUCUCUCUGCCUGUGCCCUCUCCCUCUCUUCCUAUACGCUUCUCCUCGCCUAUCUCUCCAGCUGUCGCCUCCGGCAAAGACAACAAGUCAACAACCACUCAUGUGUCCCUCCGGCGACACAGUCCCACCGAGUCAGGAACCAACGAGGGUAUCAGUAUCACACUGCAGGCAGGCAUUCGAGGUUCUCGACACAGACCGAGACGGUAAAAUCAGUCGCGACGACCUCCGGAGUUUCUAUGCGAGAUUCCCCGAUGCCAGCGAUGAAGAUAUUGGGUCGAUGAUAUGGGUGGCCGAUUUCAACAAAGAUGGUUUCGUGGAGUACGACGAGUUUAAGCGGGUUCUGGGUUGCGAUUGCAGGAGAAGCUCGCCCCACGCGAACUGGGUGAUGGAGGAUAUGUUCAAGAUCAUAGACAAAGAUGGAGACGGCAAAGUUGGCUUCGAGGACUUGAGGAUUUACAUGAACUGGGUUGGAAUCUCCGCCACUGAUGAGGAUAUCUGGGCCAUGAUUAGAUUGGGAGGUGCAGAUGGAAAAGAGGGCAUCUCUUACGAGGGUGUGCUCAAGAUAUUGGCCGUUGGUUGAUUUUGCCGGUUCAUCGUAGUUCAGGAUCCUCGAGAUCGAGAGCUGUGAAUGAAAAAGAAAAGAUGAUGUAACUCUGACCUAUUUCAGUAAAUGAAGAAAUGAAUCAAGUAAUUUUAUUUUACUUCUA